CAUGGUAUACCUGCGGAUUCGCAUACGAUUCCGGCCCUAGCAAACCUACUAGCUCCGCUAGUGAAGACCGCUGCCAAAAGUAUCAAAUGUGGAACACACUUCCAAAUGUGGAACCCACCACCACAAAUGCUCACUAACCCAUAGUUGCAUCAUAUGUGAAAUCCACUGCUAGAGACAUCACAUCUGAAGACCACUGCAAUGGCAUCGUAUAUGGGGAAUCCACUACAUGAUUGUCACAUAUGACGCUCACUCCCACAGUUUAAAAGACGACCUGAAAAUUUUUGUUCACAAACUAGUGUGUGUGACUCGCCUUUUGACCCAGAGAGCGCUAAGAAGUUGGAACAUUUCACUGACGGAAAUUGGAAUUGUGGAGGCUACAAUAAACGGGCCUACAUAACUCAUCAGGAUUGGUAUUCCUUGGUUGUCAAGCAGCAUUGACAAGAUGGCCGCUGAUAGGCGUAUUGUCUACUGCCUGUUAUGUGAGAAGCCUCAUGAAAAUUUGUCAAGUCACCUUAAGAAGGCCUGUAUGAAGGACAACACAGAAGAAGAGCGUAACGCUGAGUUGACCAAGGCCAAAAUAUCCCAAAAAGAAUGGACGAGAGUGGGCAGACGUUGGGAGUACCAUGAGGUUGAUUCCUUAAUGAAUGAGGAAGAUCCCCUCCGUGCCCUCAUCGACCGGCUGAAAAGCAAAGGCUUCUUUAUAGUCAAAGACCCAUCGGAAAGCUCUCCAGCUGAGCAACGGCAGCUUCUGCAAGACGUCACUCCGUGGAUGCGCAGUAUGGUUGCCAAACUUAAGACUGGAGUGAACGUGGCAACAAACUACACGACACAGUUCCGAUACUUUUGUAUGGGCGUGUUGUCUGUGGUAUACAACAAAUCUUUGAAGAGUAUAGAGACUUUCAAAACUGCAGGUUGGGUUGAUAGACAGCAGACAUCAAGUGGUGUGACCAUCCAAUUCAGUGAUAAUUCAGUGGCCUGUACACUCAGAAAGGAAGAAGAAGAGUGGUUUGAGUUGUACUUUACCAAGAUACGGCCACUGGCUUUACUUAGACAAGAUGAAUAUAUGGACGACGAAGGCUGCUUCUUUCUAGGACAGAAUGGUGGUCCCAUUGCAAACACAAAAACAGAUUUACAACGUCUUUGGAAGUUUUGUGAGCAGACGACUCAAAGCAGUGAGCCGAUUCCAGAGGAUACACAGACAGCUAGUGGGAGUUGUGAGCAGACGACUCAAAGCAGUGAGCCGAUUCCAGAGGAUACACAGACAGCUAGUGGGAGUUGUGAGCAGACGACUCAAAGCAGUGAGCCGAUUCCAGAGGAUACACAGGUGGCUGGUGAGAGUUGUGAGCAGAAAACUCAAAGCAGUGAGCCGAUUCCAGAGGAUACACAGACAGCUAGUGGGAGUUGUGAGCAGACGACUCAAAGCAGUGAGCCGAUUCCAGAGGAUACACAGACAGCUAGUGGGAGUUGUGAGCAGACGACUCAAAUAUAA